AUGGAGGCGUUCGAGAGUCUAGAGGUACUCUGGGUCAACGACAAUUCUCUCUCGCGCAUCACGAACCUUGACUACAACCCGACCAUCAAGAGCCUGUAUGCUCACAACAACCGCAUUGGAACACUGAAGGGAUCCCUGCUAGCGUUCACCUUCUUGCAUACGCUAACGCUGGGGAACAACCGCAUCGGCAAUCUCCAGGCAAGCCUGGGAAUCUUGCGGCUCAUGCGACAUCUGCGCUAUCUAGAACUUUCCGGCAACCCCCUCGCGGAAGAAACCGGGUACCGCCUGCUUGUCAUAAAAAAUCUUCCCUGGUUGGAAACGCUGGAUAUGCACAAGAUAACCGAAGAGGAGAGAAGCAGCGCUCGCCGAGCGCGGGUUCCCAAAAGCUGGGAAGCGUCCGCGCGAGGUGCUCACAGCGACAGCGUGCGGCUUACCCAGGAUCUAGCGGCAGAGGAGACAAAGAACUGGCAGGGCGAUCGAGGCGGGGGUGCCAACACCGCUGACCCCUCCCCAGCGGCGGCGCGUCCUCUGGACACCAAGCGGAUGCAAGGUCUGCUUCGAAAGGAGCUGAGUCGUAUGACAGCCAUCGUCAAGCAGCGCCGGAUUCUGCUGAAGGAGUGGUUCAUGGCGGAGGAUGCCCGGCGAGAGGAAGUGGUGACUCAGCACCUGUUCACGAGAUGCCUCAGGUCGCACGGGCUGUGGCCAGACGUGGGUCCCGACGCCGCCGACGAGGCCGACAAUACCGGCUUCCUCGCCGGGAAAAAAGGCUUGGUGGGAGGGCUACUGUUGGAGGCGUUCCGAGCAUCGCCCCCGCGAAGGGCCGUGUCCUUAGGAAGGGACCCGGUGUUCCUGGGGCAGAGCUUCGUGAACUACGUUUCAUUCUGCGGGGCGGUCGAGCCUAAGCAUGGAGGCAGAGAUCUCGACGACCAGCGCAGGGUGCUUGACAAGGCUUGGAAGGCGAAGCCGAAAAGCCCGCGGAGUAGUCAACCAUCGCCGACGCAGGUUCUUCCGAAGCAUCCCGCGUCUGGGAGGAGUUGGGACAGUGGUGCCGGCGGUGGUGGAAAAGGCGGAAAAGGCCCGAUUUCGGAAUGUCCCGACACGGAGGUGCUUCCCGCCAGAGCCCCCAUGGCAUGCGAGUUCAAUAAAUCCCGCAACUCCGGCGGGCCCGGGCAACUAGACCACUGGGAGAGGAUCGAGCUCAAGCGAAUCUUGGACGGUCAGGGAGGUAGUACUCCUCCCGCCAAGCUCUUCCUAACUCGUAAGCAAGCCUUCUCGGGGAUAAAGAAGAUGGUCAUCCAGGGACGGCGCCCCCGCAUCUACGGAAUCGAACCGCAGUUGUCCUCUGACGAUGACAGCCUAAACAGCCUCAGCGGAAUCGGCGAAGGUGGCAGCGGCAAGGUUGUUGCAGCGAUACCAGACGGCAGCAGCCGAACAAACCUCGACGUUCUUUUCGACGCGGCCGCCGCUCUGUCCUCCUCUGCGUCCUCCUCCGGCGGCGGUGCCGCCGCCGCCGCCGGUCGGAACGGGGUCACAAACAAAGGAGGCUUCGGUGGCGGAGGGGGUCAAGAGGAAGGAGGAGACCCGCAGGCCGAUGUCAGGGUGCUCCUCCGAACGCUGGAGGAGGGCGUGUCUGCUCCGGGAGGGGUGGGGCCGCUGGAGUGGGACUGGUUGUCUGGCGAGGAAGCCAGGGAUCGGGCGAGAAAGAUGUACCGCGAGGCAUCGCAUGCCCAGCGGCGCAUGCAGCUGAUGGCGGACGAGGAGGAUGAGGCCGUCCGACAGGAGGCCGACCAGAUCCGCUCGAAAAUCGCCGUGCUGACGCGGAACGCUGCUCGCCUCGAAGCUCUGGCGUCUGCUUCUCCUUCCUCCGACACCACCGGUGCCCCAACACCUAUGCUCUUCAUGCACUCGACCCCGACCCAGGGUCACUCAACGCUACCGUAUUAG